AUGUUCUUCCAGAGUCCAAGACCAUUUGGACAGCACUCUACAUCAUACCGUUCGAUGAGUAGCAAUAUACAUUCAUCGUCUAGUAUGACCAGUUUACAAACACCAGAACCGAAAAGUGGACGUACCAGUGCACCACCAAUCAGUUUUGCAUCUAUUUACGAGGGUAGCCGUUUUGGUUCAUCUGGACCAUCAAUGAAUCAUACUUCUAUUAACAAUAGGAAUUUCGAACAAGCGAAAAUUUCCAAAGAUUCAAGUUUAGUUGAGGUUAUUAAGAAUGUGGAAGGAGAUCGAUUAAAUAUUGUCAACUCAGCUAGGUCAUCCACGUCGUCCACGCUGGGUUUCAAAAAUUAUGAGAAAUACAAGGCUACACCCUUGCAUGAUUCAGUUGAUUCAGGCGGAACUUCUGGUCGGAGUUUGAACAGUUUCCAGUCAGAGGUACGUAUUCCAAUAUCGAAGAGCAAUGUAUUCCAGGUUCAACAUCGAAAUGUUAGCCAACAGAUACCACCUUGGUUACGUCAAACACAAACUCGAGAACCGCAAUCAGAACAGAUUUUACAAAAUGUUAGUCUAUAUCGCAAAGAAUAUCAUCAUCCUGUUACUAGUAAACAAGGCAAUCGUUUUCGUUCAGAUUCAACGGUACCUUUUGCUGAGCACGCUCCAAAGCCGGUAGUAAUUCAGUCGCAGCCGGCAUCCAUUUUCAGCACUGGUGAAUAUGCCAAUGUGCAUGGACUAACCCGUGAACAUGGAAGUUGUUCCGAAACGCGGGUUAGCAGUUCUGCUCAUUUUAAUGCAUCUCAGGUUCCUUUUAAUGAACAGCAGCAGCAGCAGCAACAACAACAACAGAAGCCAAUUGCCUACCAACAGUUGGAAAGGCGUAAAAAUUAUGCAACGUUACAUCAUAUAGCAUCACCAAAAAUUGGGCCAUUGCAAAGGCGUACAUCGGAUCCAAAUUUGAUAAAAAUCAAUGACAACGGUUUAUCAGAGAGUAUAGCAAUGUUUAAUGUCGCCAAGGGAGUUCGGGCAGAACUGGAGCAAGAUCCGAAAUUCCGAAGAAAAGCCGAUAUUUUGAGUAGCCGAAUAUCAGCGGAACCUAUUACAGACGCAUUUUCAUCACCAACCCUUAAGGAACAACCGAAACAAUCUCCCUCAUUACGGCAGAUGGAAAAUUUUUUCGAGCAAAGCGUUCAACAAUUUCACGACGUUCUUGGUACCAAAAGACCACCAUCGGCAAAACCAUUCAAUUUAGAACAUGUACGUAGUAUAUUCCGAACCAACAACACUGUUCGGACAGAGUCGCCAUCAGCUAUCCCCACAUCUAUGGAUGCACAGGCUAAGCAGGACAGUCCGCUUUUGGGAAAACCGAUAAAAGUUGAGACGCAUGAGGCUCAAGAGGGAAUGAUUGACGCUAAAUUGAAGGAAGAUAAACGAACUUCAGGGAUUAUUACACGACAGAUGGUUAGUACUUCACAAAGUACUGGUUCAGCAGGUAGCGCUGAAAAAUUGGUAGAACAGAAGAUAUGUUCUGUUAGUGGAACAAAUAAAACAAAUAUGCAAGCAAAUCCGACAACAGUCGUCGAUAAACCAGCAAUUACAACAGAUACCGAUAAAAGUCCUGAAAUGCGGAAAGAAAUAACUAUAUCCCAAGAACAACCUAUUGUUUCCCAAGAUAUUGCUAUGUUGGAGAAAGAUUACGAUUCUCUUACCACUUUUGUCACAUCGCAACGCCUAAACCAACCAUUUCCCGUGAAUGAUGCAGCCUUCGUUACUGGUAGUGGGAAAACUCGAAAUGCCGCAGGUCCACCUGGAAUUUUAGUGAAAGAUGGAAAUAAUAUCCGAUCAGUGAAUGAUUCGGGAAUUAAAAUGCCAAAAAAAGUUGCAUUUCAAUGUGAUAAUGAUAGUAAUGGUUUUGCAAAGAAUGAACUCGAACAAAAUAAAAGUAUCGAAAGUCCCGUUUCAUAUGCCAUUAUACUCUACUCUACAUUCUUAAACGCACAAAAUUCUUCUUAUGCUUAUUUCGAUAUAUCGCCGUUAGCAUCAGCUGAAACUCCGCCAUCUGUUGUACAGUAUGAUGAUGCUGUUGAUGAGCCUCUUCAAAGACUGCUGAAGUUAAGUGCUGAUAUUGGCGGUGAUCUGCAAACAGUGGGUAAGAAGUUGUCGAUACUUUUCACGGAGCAACGUAAUUUUAUUUGGUUAGCUGCCGGUCAAAAAGAACCAUCGGCUAAUGAACUUCAAGCAAAACUUAGUCCUUUGGUUAAGUUGAUGGAAGAUUUCUCAAUAUUCAAAGAAUCCAAAAGGAAUACACCAUUUUUCAAUCAUAUUUCAGCGGCAAGUGAAGGAAUUCAAGCCCUUGGUUGGCUCACUGUGAAACCUACGCCUACACCAUUUAUCAAGGAUAUGUUUGAAGCAUCGAUGUUCUUUGUGAAUCGUGUUCUGAAGGAGCGGAAGGAUGAUAAGAUCCAUACUGAAUGGGCGAAGUCAUGGUCAGAUGUUUUGAAUGCUUUGCAAAAAUAUGUACGACAAGUACAUACUACUGGUCUUGUUUGGAACAGCUGCCCAGGCACAAAGCCACCAGCACUGGUAAAACAAGUCAGUUCCAGCAACAUUUCGUCUGUAGGUGCGCCACCUCCACCACCUCCUCCUGUCCUACCACCUGAUCUUUUUGCUGCAGUAUCAUCUGAAGCAAAUGCUUCAACCAAUAAAAGUGAUCGGGCAGCACUGUUUGCGGAAAUUAAUGCCGGUGAAAAAAUUACAAAACGUCUGAAAAAAGUAACACCAGAUAUGCAAACACACAAGAACCCGGAACUUCGAUCACAGAAAGAAGUUGGUGCUGAAACACGAAGCAAGAAAAUGACGGUAACUGACAGUACUUCGCCAGUAAAAAAUCAAGAAGAUAAACCACCGAAAACAUGGUUAGAUAACGGCAAGCAGUGGAAUGUGGAAUACUAUAAAAAUAACAAUAACGUGAUGGUCGAAGUUAGUAAUAUGAAGCAGACAGUCUAUGUAUUCAAAUGCGAGAAUACUGUCAUUCAGAUCAAGGGGAAGGUAAAUUCAGUAACAUUGGAUAGCUGCAAAAAGACAUCUGUUGUAUUUGACAGCCUUUUGUCUCAGCUUGAAGUGAUUAAUUGUCAAAGUGUGCAAAUACAGACACUUGGUGCUAUGCCAACGCUAUCAAUCCAGAAAACUGACGGUUGUCAGGUGUAUCUCAGUAAGAAUGCAAUAAAUGCGGAAAUAAUAACAAGUAAAUCAUCUGAGAUGAACGUGCUUGUACCAGGUGCUGAAGAUGGUGACUUUGUGGAAUUUGCUGUACCUGAACAGUUUAAGACAGUUUACGAUGGACAGAAAUUGAAGACGACAGUGUCUGACAUAUGCUAA